AUUAAACUGAACAGGCCCUCACACCAUCGCAGUUGGGUCAAGUUCAUUGGACCUCAAAACCCAUUGUUUGAGCUCACUAAGCAAUUUCUACAUAGAAAUUUUGGUAAUUUUCUCGAAGCUGAAAGCUAUUGCGGCAAAAUCCCAGCAGAACAAUAUACAGAAAGGUAGAAGAUGAGUUCGGGGGAACCUAGUUUCGAAGAAUUGUUGGAGGAGAAGAAGCGUGUCAGGAACCCUCUUGUCCCUGUCGGUGCACUUAUUACCGCUGGAGUGCUCACUGCGGGGUUGAUCAGUUUUAGACAAGGAAAUUCUCAGUUGGGUCAGAUGCUGAUGCGAGCUAGGGUGGUAGUUCAGGGAGCUACAGUUGCUCUUAUGGUUGGCACUGCAUACUACUAUGGGGAUAAUCCCUGGAAAUCGAGUUAGAACACUCGGUUUCAUGGUUGCAACCAUUAUAUUGUUUUUAUUUUGAUAUGCAAUUUCUUUUUAUAGCUAUAGAUGUUGAACAAAAGCAUCACACCAAGAAAGCAAAUGCCCUCAGAUUGAUAUAGCUUGGGAAUAAAUUAAAUAUGCUCUAUGCAUGUCUUAUUCUAA